AAAGUAAACAAAUGCUUCUGCUGCGACCGGUCGGUACAUUUUUUAUUUCUUUUUGUAGAUAAAAUUAUUAAACUACUUGAGUGCCACACUUGAUUGCUUAAAUAAACAAAUAAUAAAUCAAACAACAAACCAUGGAAUCCACUUGUUCACAAUUCCGAUUCGAGAAUUAUUAUAAUGAUGUCAAUAGUUGUGAGCCAACUUCGGCCAUGGUCACUACAACACCGCUGGAAACAGCUCAAGUUGUGAUUCAUACAUUUUUUACCAUAAUACCAAUAAUCUUCUCAGUAUUUGCUUCCCACAUUGCAUCGUUAAAGAUUACCUUUGCAAAUGAUCUCUGGAAAUAUCUAUUUGAUUUUUGUUUGAUUGUUGUGCCAAUAGUUUUAAAUGUAACAAUCUUGAAUCCAUAUGUGGAAGUAAUAUGUGUCAUUCUGAUGAUAAUACUGUUUGUGAUUCUAAGGAGAAUGGAAAUCAAUCCAUUAGAAUGCAAACAAAGAGUUUUAAGUUUGGGUCAUCAACCAAAUUCCUUAACUUUAAUCCGAUCUACUAUAAACAUUAUCACAGCUGUCUGUAUCCUCGCUAUAGACUUUUCCACAUUCCCCUUAUCUUUCCGCAAAAGUCGUUUCUACGGUGUUGGCUUAAUGGACACUGGAAUAGGGUUAUUUGUCUUUAGUAUGGGAAUCGUUUCAAAACCCCCCAAAACCGGCAAAGAUUUUUUAAAGAUUCCCAAAGUAGUUGGGCCUGUUUUGUUCUUGGGAUUGGCCAGAACGAUUGUCAUUCAAACAAUUAAUUACCAUCAAGAUGAUACAGAGUAUGGCAAACAUUUGAAUGCUUUCUUUACUCUGGGACUAACGAAGCUCUUCGGUGGAUUGAUAAGCUCUGUUGUUGGUUCAGAGCUUCAGCUGCUUCUUCUUGGAAUGUUUAUCCUUACUACACACGAAUGUCUUCUUCUCUAUAACGUUGCUGAUUAUGUGAUGAAUCGUAAAGAAGAUCGUUCAACUUUCUUUGUUGCAAAUCGAGAAGGUUUUUGUUCACUUCCUGGAUUUGUGGCCAUUUAUCUAUUGGCCAUGUAUAUUGGACGUUUCCUAUUCUCAGAAACAACUUUAAUGGUUGAGGAGUAUUCGAAAAAGGUUAAACGAUUUGCUAUUAUGGCAGCUCUAGCUUGGAUUAUAACAUUCAUCUGUAUUCCAACGAUUCGUAUAUCACGACGAAUAUCUAAUUUUGGAUAUGUUUCUUGGACAUUCUCAAUCGCUUUGACAAUCUUACUGCUCUAUAUAAUUAUGUCGGAUUAUGUAUUCUAUGCAUGGUCAACGACUGGAGGAGAAUAUAAACUACCUUCACUGAUGGAAGCAACAAAUCGUAAUGGAUUGGUAUUUUUUCUUGUGGCAAAUGUUCUUACGGGAUGUGUAAACAUGUUUUUGAAUCCUUCAGAUCGUAGUCCGGUUACAAGUAUUGUUAUAUUAAGUUUAUAUAUGUUGUUAUCUAGCUCUCUAGUUUAUAUUCUUUUAAGAUUACGAAUUAAAAUUGCAUAAAUUGAAAAAAUUGUUGUAUGUAUUUUUGUAUUUAAAUAAAGUAUUAUUUUUAAGAUGUUGUUAUCUCG